CAUUUUAAGUACGGAGUAUAAUUUAGUCUGUUAUUUUUCCUCCAAGGGAGCUAAUACCACAUUUGCUGAAGAGUGAAGGUGAUCCCAAAUGUUUGGAAGGAGUUCAUGUAGAAGUGCCGGUAACUCGAAAUACUAUGACAUUCUCGGUGUUUCAAAGAGUGCCAGCGAAGAUGAACUCAAGAAGGCAUACAGAAAAGCAGCUAUGAAGAAUCAUCCAGAUAAGGGAGGGGAUCCUGAGAAGUUCAAGGAGUUGUCUCAAGCUUAUGAAGUUCUAAGUGAUCCAGAGAAGAGAGAAAUUUAUGAUGAGUAUGGUGAAGAUGGCCUUAAAGAAGGAAUGGGAGGCGGCUGUGGUGCUUCAUAUAGUCCUUUUGACAUCUUAGAGUCAUUCUUUGGUGGUGGAUCAUUCAGUCCUGGUUCACCCUUUGGCGGAUCAUUUGGAGGUAGUAGUGGCUCAAGGGGCAGGAAGGGACAAGGCGAAAAUGUUAUACAGACACUUAACGUUUCUCUAGAAGAAUUGUACAAUGGCACAACAAAAAAGCUCUCUCUUUCUCGGAAUAUAUUGUGCCGCAAGUGCAAAGGUAAAGGAUCAAAGAGUGGAGCAUCUCGAAGAUGUAACGGGUGUCGGGGGAGUGGAAUGAAGGUUACAUGCCAACAAAUUGCACAUGGCAUGAUGCAGCAGAUGCAACAUGUCUGCCCCACUUGCCGAGGCUCAGGGGAAGUCAUAAGCGAAAGAGAUAAAUGCAAGCGGUGCAAAGGGAAAAAGGUUACCCAAGAAAAGAAAGUGCUCGAAGUUCACGUUGACAAGGGCAUGCAAAACGGUCAAAAGAUUGUGUUUUCUGGGGAAGCCAAUGAAGCUCCGGAUUCCCCUCCAGGGGAUAUUGUUGUUAUCCUACAGCAGAAGGAACAUCCCAAGUUCACAAGAAAGUUUGAUGAUCUCUAUAUGGAGCACACCCUCAGCUUAACAGAAGCUCUUUGUGGUUUCCAGUUUGUCCUCACUCAUCUUGAUGGCAGGCAGCUCCUAAUCAAAUCAGAUCCCGGAGAGGUUAUUAAGCCCGACCAAUCCAAGGCAAUAAAUGACGAAGGAAUGCCGCAGUACGAAAGGCCAUUCAUGAAGGGCCGCUUGUAUAUCAACUUUGAAGUGGAAUUUCCCAACCCGGGGGUUCUCUCCCCCGAGGCAUGCCGUGCUCUAGAGACGAUUUUACCCCCAGACGGGCCCCCGUCAGAUACCCUCAACUUGGAUGAGUGCGAGGAAACCACCCUCUACGAUGUCAACAUCGAGGAGGAAAUGAUGGGUAAAGAGAGAGUGAGGCAUCAUGAGGCUUAUGAUUCUGAUGAUGAUGAUGAUGACGAUGAUGCUUAUUAUUACUGUGAGGAGGAUGAUGAUGAUGGCGACGACUAUGAUGAUGACUCAUCAGACUCGCACCGUGUCGCCUGCAAUCAGCAGUAAGAUUUGGGCAUAGGGGUGAAUGUAUGUACUCCUAUUACUUGGAAGUUAUCUAAUUCAGAAGUUUUUUUUGUUUCACUGAUCUGUACAUUUCAUUGCCUGAAUUGCCAUUUUUACCCUUAACAUAUGGAAUUAUCCAAGUAAUGUAGCCUAAUCUAAUACGUAAUGUCAUUUUAGUCCAAAUGAUCUUCUAGAAGUCUAGCUCAGGCUUUUUGUUGUGU